UAGAGAUAUAGUUGAUAUGAUUUGAUAUACUAAGAUAAUUGGCUUAAACUUUCUUCAGAAAAAAAAAUGAACUCAUUUCUUGACAUUCUUAACUCUAUGCAAACUUAGUGCAGCCUCACUCAUAAUUCAGUAAACAGCGAAAGAUGUGGCGUAUCGGAUUGCUAUUGAUUGUGACGCUAAUACAAGCUCAGGGCAAGCAAGACAGUGAGAAUACGGAAGAAUCAGGUGAUGGAGACUUAGGUCGAGAUUACAACGUCACAGGGAAUUACAAGCAAGUGAACAUAGAUGAUAGAGAAGACAGCGGCGAGCGUAUAGGACCGGCGAUAACCCAAAUUUUCAAGCAUCCGUACACCGCAUCGUUGCUCAAAAACGACAGCUAUGUUUGCAGCGCUGUCAUACUUAAUACCUACUGGUUACUAACGCUGUCAAAAUGCUUUGAAACAGAUAUAACGUCAUACGUAACGCAUCGGAACCUUGAAAAUUACAAGAUCAGGACCGGCAGUUCUUACAACAAUAAAGGAGGCUCUAUUUCGAAAAUAAAAAUGCUAAUAAAUAACUUCGAUUUAAAAGUGUCAGCUGUUAAAUUGGAAGUGCAGCUCGUAUUCGGCCCCAAAGUGGAUGCGGUGCGGCUGCCCAGUCCAGAUGAUGACGUGUCGUUAGGUUUAUUGGCGACAAUUCUAGCCUGGACACCAACUGGGCACUUAAGGGUUGUCAAUGCUCCAGUUAUAAGUUCUGCGAUAUGUGAACCGUCUGCUCUGUGGUCAUCAGACCGAUACAUUUGUUUGGGGGGAGUGCAGGACCCAAACAGACACUUUUGCAGGAAAGAUAAUGGCGGUGCAGUUAUCCAGAAUAACACCUUAAUAGCGAUAGCCUCAUUUCUACAUACUUGCGCUCUGUACACAAAGACCCACGCGUUUCCGAAGAUUUCUACAUUUUCCCGGUGGCUGGACACAGUGAUAUGGGACGAAAGUAACCGUCCAACGACGGCCGUGUUAUCGACUACUAUUCGAACAACACAGCUGGUACAGAACACAACAGAAAUUGUUGAUAACAAGUUAUAUGCCGACCCGAGGAAAUAUUUGGUGACGCUACCGUUUGAUCCAAUCAACGUUCCUCUAGAACCUGCUGAGGAUAACUCUGUGAUACCGAGAAUGAGUUUAUACGAAUCUUAUCUUCAAAAUCUGGCAAAAUUGAAGACAUCGACGACAAUUGACCCAAAUGUGCUGGAAGAUGAGAAGAAAGAAUGGCUACGGAAGUUCGGUAAAUCUAUAUUAAUGGACCGCAAAAAAUAUGAUCAAUUUGACUACAAUUAAUAUUAUUGAUUUCAUAAUAUAAUAAAUAGAAUAUAACUCUUUGUAUCAUUGUAUAACGAUUGAAGAGGUUACGUAUAUAUACAUAUGUGUUUAUUUACAUGUAUGUGUUUUUUAUAAACCGAUUAUGAUGCUUCUUGUUGCAUUGGAUCUAUUAUGGUUCAAAUCUAUACCGUUCAACCGAUCAAUAUGAUCUAUAAUAUUACUAUAAUGCGAAAGUAACUCUAUCUGUCACUCGUUAUGUCCGUCUGUUACGCUUUCACGGUUAAACCACUGAACAGAUUUUGAAACCCACUGCUUUUUUACAGCUAACAUCAAUAAAGAGAUAAAACAACGUACGCUGGGUUUCCCUAAUUUGAUAUUAUCCUGUGAAAUAACGAAUGUAAGUACAUCUUACAAGUGUAAGAAGCGUACUUCAAUAUAGUGUAUUGACUUUUUACAAACGAUCAAUAGCAAUUCAAACCUAGCAGAUUAUACCAAGAACUAGUUGAAGGCUUUAAAUGAUUCACAAACAAGACCGCAUUCGAAGGAACAAUCGAUACAAGACCAAUAACAUUAUCCUUACCGUAAUAGGCCAGGGUCAAAGAAUUGGAUUCACCUUACUAAUUAUUCAACGUUCAUUCUCUUCUGGUUAACUCAGUUCGGGGAAAUUUAAUGAAUAAUGAAGGUGAUACUUCGGCUGAAGAACUCUUGGCUUAAUGAAGCGGGUGCUAUAGAAUAAACUUACAUAUAUUAAAUGUUAAAAGUUUGACGGGUACUUUGAUUAAUUUUUUUGGAGAUUCUGUAAAUAAAAAAAAAUAUCAAAAAUUUUAUUAUUAAUAAAACACUUUCGUAUGUAAUGUACACGUGUAAGUAUACAGUUUAUGUAAGUAAUGUUUUUAUGCACAUGGUA